AUGAAUCUGGACACUACGCAGACUCGGGAGGAUUUCGCAUCCUUAUUGUUCGAUCUCCUGCCAGCGAAGAGCCAGUGUCAGCUAAAUCAGAUCGCCCAACUGCAGCUCCAAACCCAGUCCGACGAGCCGGUUCUCAAUUCGCAAGAUUGCCGCAUCGCCCUGGCAAGGGUCGAAGGAUGCGAACUCAGAGUACGGCACAUCAACGAGGAAUUCGAUCUCAUCGAGGAAGACCUGUCGGCACUCAAUUCGGAUCUCCAAUCGCUGAAUGAGAUCGAUGCGAGAGAAAUCGAGGCCAAACUCAUCAAGACGUCUAGCGAUGUCAACCUGUAUCAAAUGAAGGUCAAUGAAUACGGGGAUGUGACCGUUCCUGAAAUGAGCUCGCUCCCGAAGGUGAAGGCCCUGCGCGAAGAAGUCCGUGGAAUCAAGGAAACCCUCGAGCAGUGGAAGCUCAAAGGCGCUCUACACGAAGGGGUGGAAAACUUCCAGCCCAAUCACCUCCGCAAUUUGGUACGCGAUAGAGAAGAAGAACUCAGGAAGUUGACUGAAACGAUUGCCACGAAGAUGGAGAUACGCCGCAGUCUGGUCUGAAAGAAUGGGACGAAAAAACUGGUGGAUGCGCGAGC